GUUUCAGUUCAUUCGGAACGGACGCACCAAGCGGACGACGGCACUAGCGGGCCCACAGCUCUGCUCGGAACAGUGAUCUCAGGCUCGUGGUGGUUCAGUUAGUUCUCACCCGUGGGACUAGCAUAGUUUGUGACCAUUUUUUGUGAGGCGUGCAGUGCAGGAAAGUGCAGUGUGAAAGCAAAGCAGUAGGAUUAAAAAAUUCUCGUUCUGACCUUCAAUCAACUUGACCAGCACCCAACCCUCUGUGCACCGGUGCGUUUCGUUGGAAAAAUGGAGACUCAUCCAAUGGAUGAAUUUUGUGGCUCUCGGUUUUGGGACUUAAAUCUCACCUGGUACACGGACGAUCCAGAUCUGACGCCAUGCUUUCAGCAGACCGUGCUCGUGUGGGCACCAUGUGCAUUUCUGUGGGUGUUUUCGUUCCUGGAGCUGUUCUACCUGCGAAAAAGCGCCAACAAAGAUGUGCCGUGGAGUGUCGUAAACGUGUCGAAGCUGCUGAUCGUCGGUUCGCUGGUAGCGCUUACCAUCGUUGAUCUCGUGAAGGCAAUCUCAACCGAUGGCAUAUCGGCUCCAGUGUACUACUACACGCCGGUGAUCAAACUGGCCACUUUUGUAUUUGCGGGACUGCUGGUGUACCUCAACAAGCAUUACGGCAUGCGAACGUCGGGCCUUUUGUUUCUGUUCUGGUUUCUCUUGACCAUCUGUAGCAUACCGCGGACCCGCACCGAAAUCAGGGCACACGAAGCGCGUGUGCUGGAAGAUUCGUGGGCCGAAUAUCAGUUCGUCAGCUUUUUGAUCUUCUUUUCCCUCACGUGCCUCAUGUUCCUGCUCAACUUCUUUAUCGACAAACCGCCGCGCCAGUCGAAGUACGAAAUCACCGACAAGGAUUGUCCGGAACUGUCUGCCAGCUUCCCGUCGCGUAUCUUUUUCGCGUGGUUCGAUCGGUUGGCUUGGGUUGGCUUCCGGAAGCCGCUGGAAGUGGACGAUCUGUGGAAGAUGAAGCCGGAAGACUCCUCGAAGGAAGUGUCGCCAGCAUUCCUUCACCAUUGGAACAAAACGCUCGAAAAGACGUACCAGACGCGCGAAACUAGCAACGACGUCACGUUCAAGAAGCUGGGAAACACGGCCAGCGUUGAUUUCCGUACUACGAAAUCGAAAAACAUUGCCUCCAUCCUGCCUGCGCUGAUUAAAACGUUCGGCGGUACCUUCCUGCUCGGCUCGUUCCUGAAGCUGGGCCAGGAUUUGCUUACGUUCGCGUCGCCCCAGAUUCUGAAGCUUAUUAUCGAUUUCGUCAGCGGCGAUGAACCGAUGUGGAAAGGCUUGAUGUAUGCCAUCACGCUGUUUGUGGUGGCCGGCACACAGACACUGCUGCUGGGCCAGUAUUUCAAUCGGAUGUUCUUCGUCGGGCUGCGCAUUCGUACGGCACUGAUCAGUGCCAUUUAUCGCAAGGCACUGAUCAUCUCCAACAGUGCGCGGAAGGGUUCGACCGUCGGUGAGAUCGUGAAUCUGAUGGCCGUCGAUGCGCAGCGGUUCAUGGAUCUGACAACGUACAUUAACAUGAUCUGGAGUGCGCCGCUGCAGAUCGGUCUGGCGCUGUACUUUUUGUGGCAAAUUUUGGGCCCCUCCGUGUUGGCCGGCUUGGCCGUGAUGAUCAUCCUCAUUCCCGUGAAUGGUGUGAUUGCGAACAUGAUCAAAACGCUGCAGAUCAAGCAAAUGAAAAACAAGGACGAGCGGGUUAAGCUCAUGAACGAGGUGUUGAGUGGAAUUAAGGUACUUAAACUGUACGCUUGGGAGCCAAGCUUCGAGCAGCAGAUUCUGAAGAUUCGUGACAAAGAGGUGAAGGUGCUUAAAUCAGCCGCAUACCUCAACGCCGGAACAUCAUUCAUCUGGUCGUGUGCACCGUUUUUGGUGUCGUUGGUCACCUUUGCCACCUAUGUGCUGGUGGACGAGAAUAAUGUACUGAAUGCAAGCACAGCUUUCGUUUCACUAUCGCUUUUCAACAUUCUCCGGUUUCCCCUGUCCAUGUUGCCCAUGCUCAUCUCUAAUAUGGUGCAAACCAGCGUUUCGGUGAAACGUAUCAACACGUUCCUGAACCAGGAAGAGCUUGACCCGGACAACGUGCAGCACGACGAGAAGGAGUCUUCUCCACUGCUGAUCGAAAAUGGUGUGUUUUCCUGGGGUGGCGAAGACACCACGCUGAAGAACAUCAACGUACGCGUGGAAAGGAAUCAGAUUGUGGCCGUGGUCGGGACGGUCGGGUCGGGCAAGAGCUCGCUGCUUUCCGCCUUCCUGGGCGAGAUGGAUAAAAUUUCCGGCCGUGUCAAUACGCUCGGUCGCAUCGCGUACGUCAGCCAGCAGGCGUGGAUUCAAAAUGCGACGCUGAAGGACAACAUUCUCUUCGGCAAACCGAUGGACCAGCGGCGCUACAAUCGCGUCAUCGAGGCGUGUGCACUGAAGCCGGACAUCGAAAUGCUGCCCGGUGGCGAUAUGACGGAAAUCGGCGAGAAGGGCAUUAACCUAUCCGGCGGUCAGAAGCAACGCGUUUCGCUGGCCCGUGCCGUGUACAACGAUGCCGACGUGUACUUCCUGGACGAUCCGCUCAGUGCGGUGGAUUCGCACGUUGGAAAGCACAUUUUCGAGCAAGUCAUCGGCCCGACCGGGCUGCUGGCGAAGAAAACGCGCGUGCUGGUGACGCACGGCAUCACCUAUCUGCCGAACACGGACAAGAUCUACGUGCUGCGGGAGGGCGAAAUUUCCGAGAGCGGAACGUACCAGGAGCUGAUGGACAAGAAGGGUGCGUUUGCCGAGUUCCUGAUCCAGCACCUGCAGGAGGUGAGCGAGGAGGAGGAGGAUCUGGACGAAAUUAAGCAACAGCUGGAGAACAGUGUCGGUGGCGAGGAUCUGCUCAAUCAGCUGAAGCGCACCAACAGCAAACGAUCGCGCAGUGAAAGUACUUCCGAAACGGGCUCGGUAAAGGAUAUAUCGCGGCAAAAUUCGACGACAGAUAGCAACAGCAGCUUACGCCGUCGAACGUCAGAGAAGGUCGUUCCGGACGUCCCGAAAACGAAGCUGAUCGAGCAAGAAAAAUCUGAAACUGGCAGUGUUAAAUGGGAAGUGUACAAACACUAUCUGAAGAGCAUCGGUCUAACGCUCUCGGUCGCAACCGUGAUACUGAACAUGAUCUUCCAAGGCUUCUCGAUUGGCUCCAACCUGUGGCUGUCGCGCUGGUCCACGGACGAAUCGGCCGAAAAUGAUACCAGCGUUCGGGAUAUGUAUCUCGGUGUUUACGGUGCAUUCGGUGCCGGGCAAGUGUUAAGCACCUUCCUCUCGACGCUGUUCCUUUACGUUGGCGCACUGGAAGCGUCCCGGACGCUGCACAAAACGCUGCUGCGGCGCGUGCUCCACGCACCGCUCACGUCCUUUUUCGACAUAACGCCCGUCGGGCGGGUGCUGAAUCGGUUCAGCAAGGACAUUGACACGACGGAUUCCGAUCUGCCGGCGACCCUGCGCGCCUGGAGUGCCUGCUUUUUCGGGGUGGUCGCCACCCUGGUAGUGAUCAGCAUUUCGACACCAAUCUUUGCCGCCGUGAUCGUACCGAUCGGUGUACUGUACUACGCUGUACAGCGCUUCUACGUCGCCACAUCGCGCCAGCUGAAGCGCUUGGAGUCGGUGUCACGCUCACCGAUCUAUUCGCACUUUGGCGAAACCAUCCAGGGAGUGCAGACGAUCCGAGCGUACAGUGUGCAGGAUAGAUUCAUCACGGAAUCCGACGAAAGGGUUGAUUCGAACCAGCUGUGCUACUGUCCGAGCAUCAUCGCUAACCGUUGGCUUGCGGUGCGGCUCGAGAUGGUCGGCAACCUGAUCAUUCUGUUUGCCGCCCUGUUUGCCGUGCUCGGUCGCGAAACGAUGAACGCCGGUCUGGUCGGUUUGUCCGUAUCGUACGCGCUGCAGAUCACGCAAACGCUCAACUGGCUCGUGCGCAUGACAUCGGACGUGGAAACGAACAUUGUGGCCGUGGAGCGUAUCAAGGAGUACGGUGAGACGAAGCAGGAAGCCGCCUGGGAACUGCCCAACAGUACGCUGCCCCGCGACUGGCCCGAACAGGGUAUGGUAGAGUUCCGCGACUUUCAGGUGCGGUACCGCGAAGGGCUUGAGCUGGUGCUGCGCGGCAUUUCCUUUACGGUGAAGGGUGGCGAAAAGGUGGGCAUCGUCGGUCGUACCGGGGCGGGAAAGUCGAGCCUUACGCUGGCCCUGUUCCGCAUCAUCGAGUCGGCCGGUGGAUCGAUCGUUAUCGACGGGCAGGACAUUGCCCAGCUUGGCCUGCAUGCCCUUCGCUCACGGUUGACCAUUAUCCCGCAAGAUCCGGUUCUGUUCUCCGGUACGCUGCGCAUCAAUCUGGACCCGUUCAAUGCCCAGUCGGACGAUGACAUCUGGAAGGCGUUGGAGCAUGCUCACUUGAAAUCGUUCGUUAAAGGUUUAACCGCUGGAAUCAAUCACGAAGUGACGGAAGGUGGAGAGAAUCUGUCCGUCGGUCAGCGACAGCUCAUCUGUUUGGCCCGUGCGCUGCUGCGCAAGACGAAGGUGCUCAUUCUGGACGAAGCCACGGCAGCCGUCGAUCUGGAAACGGAUGAUCUGAUCCAGCGCACCAUUCGCACGGAAUUCAAGGACUGCACGGUGCUGACGAUUGCUCACCGGCUGAACACCAUCAUGGAUUCGGACAAGGUUAUCGUGCUUGACAAGGGCCAGAUCGUGGAGUUUGCCCCACCAGCCGAGCUGCUGCAGUCGAAGAACUCUGCCUUCUACAGUAUGGCCAAGGAUGCCGGUUUGGUGUAAGGAUUUUGUGUGUACUGCCCCUACUUGCUGCUAGUACACGUAGCUGUUGGAAUUUCAUUUUACCACACCCCUUAUGUGUGUGUGUGUGUACACAUUCGCGUCUCUUUGGUUUAACAUGUUUCCUUCUUCUGUUUUUUUUGCGUUUUGUUUGACGAUCCGCAUGCGAAAGCGUUUAGUGCAUUUUGUUUGGUUUGUUUAGUUUUCUUCUUAAUAUUUGUUUAGUUUAAUUUUGGCAGCGUAUAAUUACUACGCAAUAUACACGUUUUUUACUUAAUAUGCGUAAGCUUCACUAACCCUGUGGCAAGGUUUUGCUCUAACUUUCCCCAUGCGAGGGAUCACUCACAGCUACUUAAAAGGAAAGCGUUCGCCCACAUUUCAAUCACGUGUCGUCAUUUACUUAACCCUCGUUUCGUAUCUACUUAUUAUAUUAGUUUUGCGGUUUACGUACUCUGGAUGAGGUUUACUUAGAAAAGGAAACGUUUAAAUCGUUAUUUUUCUGUUAUCAAACGUACACAACCAACAAACAAAAACUUAAAAAAAAAAACAAUAGAAACAUACUCAUACAACUGUACUUACUACUACAUCAACACGGGUAUUCCAGUAUUCCAGCAGGCGAACGAAACAUUCACAAUAACUAGUGAAACACUAAACAUAAAGAAAACAUCACUUAAACACCCAUAAAACAGCGGACACACAGUGUAAAACGCAGUUCCGGAGUUGUUCGAAGGAGUUAAUAGUAAACAUUUAUUAUAUGGCCCAUGGGUCCAUAUAACGUCCUUGUGGGGCUCUCUGCAUCCCAUUCGCGAAAGGGGGGACGUACGAAAAACAAACAAAAAAUACGUUCCGUUUUUAAAGAAGCUUUUACUUGUACGGUAAAGGGUAUUCCUUUAUUAGGCCCGUUCUGUGGCAUGUGUUCAACAAAACUGUUUGGCAGAUUUCGAUAUUCUCAACCAAUUAAUAUACUUAAGGGGCUAAGAGCGUACAAUAGUUUUUUUUAAGAGGGAUGCAAGUGUAGUUUUUUCCCGCUAAAAGAUCAGAACAUUAUAACAAACACAGGUUAAACGUUGUAUAGGCGAGCGAGAGAUUUAAUAUAUAUAUGUUGUGGAAAAAGGAAGGCGAAGGUAAUCGUCGGUCCCGCUAACCGAAAGUGGCAGUACAAAGAUAUAUAGGCGAGAGCGCUAGGCACGGUUUUCCAUUCGACACUAGCUUUUCAGACCCAACAAUUCUCUUUUCAUCGUAAUUUACAGAACGAGCAAUACUACUACUAGUGUUCUUUCCCCCUAUUAGUUGUCCGAACAAGAGCCGAAAAGCUCUCCUCCCCGUAUUGCUAGCCGAAAAGCUCUUCAAGCCUUUCCACACUUAAGCAUAUUCGUAUUUACGCAUAAAAAAGAGGUGCUCACUGUAAUGUGUCGAAUGUAGGCCGCCGUGUGCUCAGACCGCCGAAAAGCAACUUAAGCAGGAAUUGAUAGGCCAACUAACAAUAUAAUGCAACCACAGCAAUAUGUGUUCAUAUGCAGCAGGAACUUUAUGAUAGCCAUAACACAGAUGAAACCAACACCGCCGGACACCAGUUUAUCGUGUAUUGUGCCGACUUAUAAGAUGUAUUUGUAGCUCGGGUAUAAUAAGAUGGUAUAGACUAUAGUUACCCGGUGACUGUCACGAUGAUAACGAUACUGUAAUACUAUUCCUCCGGUGAAUACUACUACACACACACACAGCAACAGCAAGGCAAUCAUCUACUGCUAUGGGGUAUUGGCCCCCGUGGUGCGUGCUAUAACGUGCUAAUGCUCGAAACAUAAUUCGCUCAAAAGUGCCUUUAUGGAUAAGAUAGGUGGUGUGUGUGUGUGUGUGGGGGUUCUGUGUAAAUGAAAUAGCAUAGCAAACACUAAUGCAUCAGUUACGUUUGAUUGACACAUUGACACUAUAAUGCCUCUACCACACUUCAUCUAACCAACCGUGCAAAGUGUGGACGACUAUAUCUCACAGAUGGUGCAACAGAUGCGAUGCCGAGCUAAUAAAGAAUCUUACAUUACACGAAAA